AUGUUUGGCAAAGCGUUCAAUGAAAAUGGAUGAGAGUAAGACUAAGAAAGGGAAGUCCAAUGCUACGAGUGAGCGCCAUCGGAAGCUCUACCCAUUACGAGGAAGAAGCGAGGCCUUGGGUUGUCACGUUCUGCUCACUCGCCUACAUAAUGAGACCAAGACGAGCGAGGUGGAUCCCAGCAGAGAUCCAGAGCACAAAAAGACAAAAAAAGCCCACAAGAAAGCAGAGAACACCAGGGAGCCGUUGCAGAAAUGCCUCGAAACCUCCGAUGAACCUUCAGCUCAGGAGCCACGCAAACGUAGACUGGCGUCGCUCAAUGCCGAGGCGCUCAACAGCCUUCUGCUCGAGAAAAAAGACAGACCGCCAAGUGCCAAACUCACGAAGAAAGCAAAACAAGCCACUACAGAGCAAACCAAGACCUGCUCCAAAAGAGCCCAGGGUCCGAGACGUGCCAAAAACCCCACGAAGGAUGAGGCUGGAGAGAGUCUGUACGCUCCUGUUCCCCGACGCCUGGCUGGACUCAACGCCGCCGCGCUGCUAAAGCUCACCAGCUCCACCGCAAACAAGCACAGGGUCAGAUCCCACAGUACGACGCUCUGCAAACCCAGAGCAGCGCAGGAGCCCAAGAAACAACAGCCGGAAUCACAAGGCGCCUGCGAAGUGUGCAAAAGCAGGAGCUUGGAGUCAAAACUGAGUCCGGAGAGCCACCGCUUGACUAAACCCGGAUACCAGAGCAUGCUGGGAUACCGUCCGGUGAAGCUGGUGAAGGAGGAGCCGGUGGAGGCGGAGCUGAGUCCGUGUUUCUGCUGUCCGCCGGAGUAUCUGGCGCUCUUCCUCGGCGAGGAGCACCGGGUCAAGCACGAGUGCCUGGUUCUGUGCGCUGACCCCUGCUGCUCCAGCUACUACGUCCACAUCGCUCACCCCGGGCCGAGUCUGAGCCGCAUCCCACACCCCGCCUUCUGCUGCCGCCAGGCCUGUCGGGUCCGAGGAUUCGCCUUCAGCGCAGUGCAGCCGGUCACCAGCCGGACCUGCUCCUUCUCCAGCUGCAGCCGUCCCAUUAAAACAGAAGAGGAUGUCUCCGGAUGUCCCAGCAUGCCCCGAGUGACCCCGGCCGCCCCGAGUCUUCUGUCCACCAUGUCUGACCGCAGGCAGAUGGGCAAAGAAUGCCCUCAGAACACCAAACCAUCCCACGGCUCGCUCGCUGUGAGCCAGAAGCACCCCACAGCAAGCGCCAGACCGCAGAAGAAGGCCACGAACGGAUGGCGUCCGGUGGGAGUCCCCACGGAGAAGGAGGUGUUUAUAGCGGGCGAUGACGAGACGGUGCUCCGUCAGUGUUAUGAAGGAGUGCAGCGUGAAGGAGAGGUGAUCCGGGUGCGAGACACGGUGCUGUUACGGUCCGGACCCCACAGGAAAUCACUGCCGUACGUGGCCAAGAUCUCCGCUCUGUGGGAAGACCCCAGAAGAACAGGAGAGCUGAUGAUGAGUCUGUUCUGGUAUUAUCGUCCUGAGCACACGCAGGGCGGCAGAGAUCCCAGCAUGCACUGUGAGAACGAGAUCUUCGCGUCCCGUCAUCAGGAUGAGAACAGCGUGGCCUGCAUCGAGGACCGCUGCUAUGUUCUGCCGUUAGCACAGUACUGUAGAUUUUGUGCCUUGGUGAAGCGGCGCUCGGAGGGCGUGUCCGACCACGCCCCGCUGAUGCCCCGCCCCUCUACAGCAGGCCCCGCCCACCGCCUGGUCCCCGACGGCGUGGAUCCACAGCUGGUGUAUCUGUGCAGACACGUCUAUGACUUCCGCUACGGACGCAUCCUCAAGAACCUGCAGUGAAGCUGAUAUACGCUGAAGAUGAAUCUGCCUCAGUCUCCUUCGCCU